AUGGCAACAGAGCAUAUUAGAGGUCAUAAUUGGACCUUUGAGGAAGAUGUUGUUUUAUGCUUCGCAUGGGUUUCUAUUAGCGAAGAUGGUGUCGUUGGUACGAAUCAAAAUAAAAAGGUUUUGUGGGGUAAAAUCGUUGAUAAGUUUAAUGAAAACUCCAACACCAACCAAAGGGAAUGUGGUGGUGUUUACGAUCGAUGGAAGGUUAUCAACAAAGCGUGCACUUUAUGGAAGGGAAGCUUGGAGAGAGCCGUGGUUGACAUGGCUGGUGGAAGGAGCGCUGCAGAAGUUGAUUGUCCGAGAUGGGGAACCGAUGCAGACAAACAAUGGGGAAGAUUAUUUAAUAGUGAAGCCGCACAGACAAAUGAUAUCAAUGAAGGUGUCGAUGAAUUGACCCCAACUUCUUCUUUUUCAAGGCCCCAGAGAAGUGAUAAGCAAAAGGAAGCAAAGAGAAAAGGGAAGUUCCAAGAUCCGAUUAGUGCACAAAUUGUUACCGAAUUUGCAAGAUUGACCGAAAGCCAUAGCUCUUUGGAGGAAGAAGCGGCCCGAAUGCAUUUGGCCAUUACGCACGAAGGGGAUAGGGAGCAAGAAAUGUUCGAAUGUUCAUGA